GGGAGAUACUAAGUAGCUGCAGACAUAUAUUCACAAGUCAUCCGGAAUCCCUUCAGUAUAUACCUCAAACACCGUUCAUCCACCUGCUCUACAGCUCCAAAAUCAUCUUCCCCAUUUGUGGCUUACUUUGUAUCGGCGACAUAGCAGAAAUGGAUGCCAGAGAACCACCAGUCAUUGACUUUGCACCAUUCUAUGGCCCAGAGGGCGCCGCAAAGGAACAAUUAAUAAAUGAGUUGCGGCAAGCCUGCAAGGAGUUUGGUUUCUUCCAACUCAUCAAUCAUACCAUUCCAGCACGCCUGCAGGAAUCUGUUCUUCAGCAGAGCAAAGAGUUCUUUGACCUUCCAUCAUCAAUAAAAGAAAUAUAUAGCCAAGAGAUCACUGGCGAUAAUCGCGGAUAUGAGCGCCUUCGGGCGCAGAACUUCGAGAAACGAGGCAAAGGUGACCUCAAGGAAGGUUUCUCCUUAGGUAACCACAUCCCAUUCGAUGGUCCACAAAUGGCGGCCAAAAAGUUUGCCCAGGGACCGAACAAGUACCCUUUGGAAGUUAGCGAACCUGCUAAGUUCCGAAGCGUCAUGGAUGAGUAUCGAGAUGCGAUGACCUCACUUGCCAAGGGGAUUUUGAAAAUGUUAGCUCGGACUCUGCAACUAGAAGAAACUGCCUUCGACGCGUUCUGCGUAAAUCCGAUUGCUAUCCUUCGGCUUCUUCACUAUCCGCCACAGGAUCCGGACAACUCAGAUAUUGAGAGAGGUGAGGCCUACUUCGGUGCCAUUACCAUGCUUCUCCAAGACGCAACUGGUGGCCUGCAGGUUUGGGACAAUGCCUUGUCGGAUUGGGUAGAUGUAACCCCUGUACCGGGUGCCUAUGUCGUGAACCUAGGGAAUAUGAUGAUGCGAUGGACAAAUGAUCAAUAUCUAUCUAACCUUCAUCGCGUGAUCAACAAGAGCGGUAAGGAGCGCUUCAGUGUUCCAUUCUUCAUGUCUGGUAACCCUGAUUACAUCGUCGAGUGUCUCCCAACCUGCACCGGCGAGGGCCCUAAAUACCCACCCAUAACUGUGGAAGAGUGGAUGGCUGGGCGAUAUGCGGAUACAUAUGGUACAUCGAAUGGAAAGGCAAUGUCUGAUCUGCGAAAAGUCCCUUCUUCUUGAGGCUAUACCCUGAAGGUAGCGAAGACUUUUAGGCCCAGCAUAAUCUAUACAUGCCUCCGCCGUGGCAUGUGUAGGGUUGCUGUCUAUAUUGAAGUCGAUUUGCGCAUGUGGUAUAUAUAAAUUGGAAAGUAAUCUGUUUAACGCGAAAUUUAACGUUCAUCUGAUGUGAGCGUAAUGACAAUGGAUGUUCUUUAUCGAGGAGGAUUGGAUGCGGACUCCUAAGAAUUCACAUCCCAUAAUAUGAAGCAAAAGAUGUUUCCUGACACCUCCAACCAGUAUAAGCUCACGUGGAAAUUGCAAAUACAAGUGACCUACAACGCCUCAAGUUAUUAAUGUUCUAGGCUCGUCGAUCAGUAAUAUAGUUUCGUACUACCGGGACAGACGUCCUCGCCAGAGAAACAAAUACAAAGAAGUGUUUCAACACGUUGCAAAAUGGCAGUAGACUUUGAGUCAAGAUCGACGCCUCAGCCACGAUGCCGAGAGCUAGUGGUGGAUCUAGG